GCGCCUCGCCCCCGCCCCACCGGCGCCUCGGCCUCGCGCUUGCCACCGGCCCCGGCUCCCUGGCGGAGGUUGAGCGGGCCGCAGCUGCCCCGGCCGACGCGCACCCCCGACACCCCCGCGCCCGCCUGGGCUCGGCCUGGACGUCGCAGGUAGCCGGUUUGUAGGAAACAUUAUUUAAUGAAAAAGUUUGUGCUCAUGGAGUAGACAUGGCAGGCUUCCUGGAUAACUUCCGCUGGCCGGAGUGUGAAUGUGUCGACUGGAGCGAGCGAAGAAACACUGUGGCCUCCGUGGUGGCAGGCAUACUGUUUUUUACAGGUUGGUGGAUAAUGAUCGAUGCGGCGGUGGUCUAUCCUAAGCCUGAGCAGUUGAACCAUGCUUUUCACACAUGUGGUGUGUUUUCCACACUGGCUUUCUUCAUGAUAAAUGCUGUGUCCAAUGCACAGGUGAGAGGAGACAGCUACGAGAGCGGCUGCUUAGGAAGGACGGGUGCCCGAGUCUGGCUCUUCAUUGGUUUCAUGCUGAUGUUCGGGUCCCUUAUUGCCUCCAUGUGGAUUCUUUUUGGUGCAUAUGUUACUCAAAAUAUUGAUGUGUAUCCGGGACUAGCUGUGUUCUUUCAAAAUGCUCUUAUAUUUUUUAGCACCCUGAUCUACAAAUUUGGAAGAACUGAAGAGCUCUGGACCUGAGAUCACCUCAAAAACCACACCUUCUUGUUGUGUUUUAUGCAUAGAUAACUUUUUAUCUCUGGUAUAAUUUUCAUAUUGCCAAAUGGAACAGAUUGUGCACUUAGUGUUUUAUUUCUUCAUAGUUUGGUGCCCCAAGUUUUGAAUUGCUUUUGCAAAAUGUCUGUCUUGGUUUUUUGCCAACUACAUGAGUUAAUCUAUACAUAAUACAUAAUACUGAAUGUCAGGUUUUUUUAUUCCCAAGACUAGAUUGGAAUGUGUCCCGAGUCAGGCUAUGCUGUCUUGAUGUUCAGAGAUAAACAUUCUGUCUUGGUAUUUCUGAUGUUUGAAAGUGUGCAGAACACAUAGAGCCCCAUCUCUAGAAGAAGCACUGAGCUGUUAGAGAAGGUAUUUCUGCCAGGUGUAAUUUAUUUUGACUUAGAAAUGAGAUUUUUUUAAAGGAAGAAAUGUUUGUGCUUAUGUAUUAAAGAACUGGACUUUUUAUAUGAAGGUUUUUUAAAUGCCCAAAGGACUAGUUUGAAAGCCCUUUUUAAAAAGAAUUUCUCUGAUGUGACUUUUAUUUGAGAAGGGAUAACACGUUCUUUCGAGGUCAUGUGAAAAGACGGUAGGUGGCUGAGCAGUUUCCAGCUUCCCCAAGCAGCGUCAGUGUCCCCAGUUGUCUUGGAGAGCGCACCAGCCUCUGGCACUGCACACUCACAGCGAGUGACCCUGAGACAGGUGCAGCCGGUCACAGGAGGUGGACUAGCUAGUUAAAGACUUCUUCCCAAAGGCCAUCAUGACCUCGCGAGAGCCAGACACUUGGCUCACUUAGUUCUUGGUCCUUUCUGCUGUAGUUCUCGGGCUUUGGUGGCCAGCCGCUGCAAAAUGUAAGUACCGUGUGCUGAAAGGCCGCACUCGAUGCUAGGAGCUUCUUUGCCACCCCCGAGAGCUGCACUUUCCCCAUGUGUACGUCUGUGUACCUCUCUUUGUUAGAAAGAUUUUGUGUUGCACUUUUAACCCCAGAGGACUUCUAUAAAACUUUGCUGUAGAACGGUACCACCGCCGGUAGCGCACGCAGCUUGUGGCGCAGGCCUCGUCACUGAGCUGCCUCUCUGAGGGGCCUCUAAGCCCAGCGAGUGAAGAAGCUGUGCAUUGCUGGGCGUCAUCCAGACGGCUCUCUCCUCCUUGCUUGCCUGUCAGUCCCCCAAUGCCAGGCGUGUCUUGCUUCCAGCAAACUAGAAAGCUAACCACAUGUUUCCACUCUUAGAACCUAAUGCAGUAAAUAUUUCCUCUUGCACGUGCUGUACAGUUAGGUGUGCUGGGGGAAAUGAGCCAUAAACCCUGGCUCUGUUCAUUCUUCACUGUCCAAGAAACACUCAUAAACAAGGAGAGAGAAUAUCCUGCUACAACAUGCUAAUCUCGAGGUUUAUGAAGGGUAGCCCUGAGGACCGACAAAAGUGGCAAUGGCUUCUUUUCUAUUCAUGAAUUUUGUUUUAAUUGUGAGCAAAUCUAUUGAUUUCCUCUGUUGUUUCAUUAAAUGAGACAUGAUGCUAGUAUCCUGUCACAGAUACUGACUCAGUAGAAUCCUUGGCAAUCACUAAAAUGCACACAAAUCUCUUAAUAAAGGUCUCACUGUUACUCAA